AGACAGAGAAUAAGAGAGACCAAGACAGAAAUACAAAUAAAUCAAUAAAGACGGGGACAGAGAGAAACAGAGAUGGAGAAUGAGGAAGGGACACACAGGCAAACUGGCAGAGGUGGCAUAGCCUGAGGACCAAAGAAAAAAGAAACUGAGGCACAGAGACCCCAAACAAAGACCAAUGACAUGGAGAGAGAGAGAGAGAGAGAAAGAGAGAGAGAGAGAGAGAGAGAGAGAGAGAGAGAGAGGAGGGAAACUGAGGCAGAGCAAGAGAACAAUGGGGCAGAACGGAGAUGAAUUAAUCGGUAGACUAUUGGGGAGAGAAAGGGUGACUUAAUAGAGGAAUCCAGAGAGCCCUGUGCCCUUAUUUUUCAAAUGAUUUCUCAGGAACACCCAGCAUUUCUCUCUUUCCUCUUUGAUGGGACAGUAGGCAAAGCUGGAGGGACACCAGUUAGACCUAAGGAAGAACUUCCCUGAGGAGUAGGGUCUCCUGCUCACAGGCAGAAUCUGAGACCUCCCUUCCCCAUCAGCCUAAUUGCCAAGAUGUCGUGGUGGAGAGCAGGGGAUUAGGCAGACGGGUGCCCCUCCCCCUCCCAGCCAAUGUCACCUCCUGGCGCCCAGUCGAGUCCCCCCACACAGGCCAGGAUUACCCUCUGAGAUCCAGGCCACCGCAAAUGACAUCACUGCCAGCCGGGGCUUAAAAUCUCCCCAUGUGAGAGGACCCGUUUCCUUCAGCCUCUGCCAUCUGACGACUCUGUCCUGGACGCGGCACUGUCCCUCCUUCCUGAAGGUGGGGCCACUGAGAAACUGAGAGGUCCACUGACCUGGGCCCCAGUGUCGCGGAAUAUCAUGAUGGCAUAUAUGAACCCGGGGCCCCACUAUUCCGUCAACGCCUUGGCUCUGAGUGGCCCCAGUGUGGAUUUGAUGCACCAAGCUGUGUCCUAUCCAAGUGCCCCUAGAAAGCAGCGACGGGAGCGGACCACCUUCACCCGGAGCCAGCUAGAGGAACUGGAGGCCCUGUUUGCCAAGACCCAGUACCCGGAUGUGUACGCCCGCGAGGAGGUGGCCCUAAAGAUUAAUCUGCCUGAGUCCAGGGUUCAGGUUUGGUUCAAGAACCGUAGGGCUAAAUGUAGACAGCAGCGGCAGCAGCAGAAACAGCAGCAGCAGCCCCCAGGGGCACAAGCCAAGGCUCGUCCCGCCAAGAGGAAGGCAGGCACAUCCCCAAGACCCUCCACGGAUGUCUGUCCAGACCCCCUGGGCAUCUCAGAUUCCUACAGCCCCCCUCUACCUGUCCCCUCAGGCUCUCCCACCACAGCAGUGGCCACUGUGUCCAUUUGGAGUCCGGCCUCAGAGUCCCCUUUGCCUGAGGCCCAGCGGGCUGGGUUAGUGGCCUCAGGGCCUUCUCUGACUUCAGCACCCUAUGCCAUGACCUACGCCCCAGCCUCUGCUUUCUGCUCUUCCCCCUCAGCCUAUGGGUCUCCCAGCUCCUACUUCAGUGGUCUGGACCCCUACCUUUCUCCCAUGGUGCCCCAGUUGGGGGGCCCGGCUCUCAGCCCCCUUUCAGGCCCUUCUGUGGGACCCUCCCUGGCCCAGUCCCCCACCUCCCUGUCAGGCCAGAGCUACAGCGCCUACAGCCCUGUGGACAGCUUGGAAUUCAAAGACCCCACAGGCACCUGGAAAUUCGCCUACAACCCCAUGGAUCCUCUGGACUACAAGGAUCAGAGUGCCUGGAAGUUUCAGAUCUUGUAGAAGUUACUGUUCUCCAUCUCCCUCCAUCUCUGGUCUAAAUCUGCCUGCCCACAGCUUAGAUAUUUGGAUGGCACCUCUGAGAAAGCAGCAGGAGUCAGCCAUCUUUCCAAGGGUUAUGGCCACUUUGACUUCAUGAGCAGCUUAUCUCAACACAGCCCACCCUUUUCCUCUCUCUCCUGGGGCAGCUCAAUGGGGCGUAGUAAUUCUCUCAACCCAGCACCAGCUCACACUGAUUCUAACUGGCAUUUUAAACCAUGAGCCCCAGACUCCAGAAACUGGUGCUGAGCACUUGGCCCAAGAUGAAAUGAAACUAAACUUUACUGUUGAUUUGGGGCUGAUGUUUAGAUCAGAAUCCAGGUGCCCUUGAACAAACAAGUAGGGAGGCUCAAGUCCGUAACUUUCCACGUGGGACACUUCCUUUGCAUGUAGCUAGAGAUCCUUCUAGAAUUUCCAAAGACAGACUUUCAGAGGCCGCAUCAUGGAACCUUAGGCCAAUUAGGCAGUUCAAUUAAAAACACAUAUUGGGCAAUUUUACAGACUUCACAAAUAUCAGGUUUACACGGUAGGUUUAGGGGGCUGUUUGCUAUAUAUCUAUUUCUGCUUAGUUUCUUCUUAAAGAUAUUUCAUCAUUCAACCAUUCACUCAUUCGGACAUUGGGAAUGGACACAUUUGGUAGGAGAGUGGAAGGCAAGUUGCCUGUUCCAUGUCUAUUUUUUCUCCCUUUUGUUUUAGGGUUGUCUAAAGGUGAAUUUCCCCCAAAUGUUGGAGGGAUUGUGGUAGUUGCAUGGGGUGCGCCAGCUGUAGUUGUGGGUAUUUCAAAGACAAGAGCAGGUGGACAGGCUUCCCAUCUGUAAAUACACAAA